AUGGGUGUGCCGGGUCUUACACGAGGCCUUGCACCCUACACGGAAACAGCGGUCCUGGGAAAGGGCGACCACGUGCCCCAGAAUAUGAGGCAGAUAUCGCGUCUCACCAUUGAUGGCCCAUCGUUGGCAUACCACGUCUACAACAAACUACUUGCACACCACUAUAGCAAGUAUAACAAAGCAUUACGCUGGCCGAACUACCAAGAUAUUGGUCAGGCAACACUUCAGCUGCUUUCUGAUCUGGUCGAGACUGGGACAGAUGUUGAAGCCCUUUACUUCGAUGGCUUCUUGCCAGCAUCAAAAUUUGCGACCAGGCUGGCACGGCUAGAGCGGUCGCGCAAGCAGAUCGAGAAAUUUUGCGAAGGCAACCACAUUAACCCCAAGGCAACCGUUGGCGCAAUUGAGAUCGACUAUAACGAUGCUCGCUGGACUCAUUUAGUCGGUCCCGGAUCGGCAUGCUCAUUACCUGCGCCACCGUUCCUUGUGCCCGCCGUUGUUGACGCCCUAAGACUUUCAUCGUGGGAAAGCAAGCUUCAUGUCGUUGCCGAGGAAGCUGACACGUCGUGUGCACGUCUUGCGAAGGCAACCGGCGCAUCAAUUCUGUCCAACGAUUCGGAUCUCCUCCUCUACGACAUUGGUGAUGAGGCGUGCGUUGUGCAGUUGCAGAGUCUCGAUCGACACGAAAAUAUUGGUGCCGAACUGCGCAACGAGAUUACGGCCACCUACAUCCAUCCACCCACGAUAGCCAGAAAGCUCAAAGUCCCGUCUCUUAUAAGUCCUGCUUACGAAAUACACAAAGAUGGCAGUGCUACGUUCGGUACUGCAGUCAAGAAAGCUAGGACCUCGAAAGAAGGACAAGAUCUCUGCGAUCUAGAAGCGUUCGCUGCAGAGUACAGGAUUGGAGACGACCGUCCUACAGCUCAUCCGCUGUCGAAGCUGGACCCUCGUACAGCAGAGCUAUGUUGCCAGGUCUUUCAGCCCUCCGCGACUGAACCGAAGCUGUUCCUCCCGGUGUUGUAUGAAGAUCCACACGGCAAGUCUGCCUGGCGUUGUGGCUCGGCAUACCGUCAGCUAGCCUACUCGAUUCUGGCCAGCAUUGUCUCAUGGUCCAGGGGUGAAGUCUGUGAAUAUUACAAGAAAGGCGAAGCUAUCCGGCCAAAUGCUGUAUGCACACUCGGGAAGAUGAAACAGGCACACACGGUGGACGCCGUGCUCCAGCUGGCAGAGUCUGCAUCCGUGAUACCCGUCUCCUCCAUUGGUUGGUACAUGACGGCACUCCACGUGGUGGUGCAAGAACGGGCAGGCAAGGGUUGGCUAGUCGAUCUGAACAGGUUUCGCGCGCUGAUGGGCUGCUCCAAUGGCUCUAGAGAGGCUGAAAGGGGACUCAUACAUCUGGAAGCUCAGGUCCAAGCUGUCUUGUAUUCUCUGAGGAUACUCAAGCAAAUGGUCGACUUUGUGCUGACUCUCGACGGUACCAAUCUGCCGGACCAGCAGCCACUGCAAAGUCUUGCUCACUGUCUCAGCACGAUGCCAUCGAUCCCCGAGCUCUUUACCAACCCAUCUCAACGUCAGAAGUCGGUGGAGACGAAUUCUUUGGACGUGGACACCCUGCUUGCCCCUAUCAUGUCGUUGCUCCCGACCAUGCGUGGUAAAGCAACGAAGAAGACAGCUCCACUAAGGCGUGAAGAUUCGUCAACAUUACAAGGACAGAAGGGAGCAAAACAGUCCAAAGACCGAGCAGGAGGUCAUGGCUAUGCCGCUGCUAGGCACAACGUCUUUGAUGUUCUACAUAACAUCGGCUGA